GCGCGUUAAUCAAUUCCAAUUUCAUUCCAGGAAAUUGAACAUGGCGAAGUUCAUCGUUAUUUUGGCACUUUUGGCCGUCAGCUACCAGGCUCUGGCAGAACAGUCAUCGCGUGUUUUGACCAAAGAAUUUAUAGCACAGCUCGAGUCCGAAGUCGAGGAACUUGAAAAAAGCAUAAAAAGUUCGGAAGAGUCAAACACUUCGACGGGGAGCGCAGCUGUCAAUGCAACUAUACUUACCCCAGCAUUAAACUCUUCAUCUUCCACCGAUGACGGCGCAUCUUUGAAAAGUACCGGAAGCGGAAGCGACAGCAAUCCCGAAGUUGACAACAACUCUGGGACAAGCUCCGGUUCCCAAAAAUAGUAGCUUUUCCGGCGCAUCUGAAAGCGAUUCUACAUCAUCGGAAUCCAGAGAUCAAUCAAUCAGUAAUUCUCAGUCUGGAGUGGCCCAAAAUUCUCCGUCAAACUCCCAAUCACGAUAAGACUCAGGUCCGUUUACAAGACGUCGACUUUCAGUCGAGUUUUUUUGACUGAACUGAAUCUUUGAGUUCUGAAUUUGUUCCACACGAUUAAUAACGAACGCAAAAUACGAGCAGUCAAAGCUGCAGCGACCAAAGUUUCGAAUUUUAAAUGAAGUUUCACUCAAGGCGAAGCAAUUUCAAAUGUAAUUAUUCCGAUAAUUUUCCACUGCGAGUCAGUGGUAUAAUGUAUGUAAUUGUUUAUUAAUCACGAAUAAAUAUUUCCGCAUCGUUAUAA